AUCGAAGCGAUCACCCAUCACUCGACUCCUUCUCUCCGCCUCCCAUUCUUGACUGAAACAUUGCUCUCCCUCAAAUUCAGAUCUCCUCCUAGCAGCGCACCCAUUCGAGUCUCUUCUCUGCUGGGCCUGCGGGACCACGGCGCGCGCCCACAGAAGCGGGAAUUUAGGCAGUGCGUCUAGGUGUGACCUCCUGGCCUACGCGCGCCGUCCUCGGUCAUGGCAGCCGAGACAACACGAGUCAUGAACGGUCGAAGCAGUUCGGCGUCGUCACCGCCUUCCAUGCACGGCGGUGCGCCUUCUCGCCAGGCCCACCUGAAGCCACGCUCAUCCGGAGGGAUUCGCAUCACCACCGUCAAACGCAAGGCUCCUCCACCGGGUGGCGUUGGGCCAGGUGCGGCGGCAGGACCUUCUCGCCUUUCCUCUUCCCAGCCGGCUAAGCAGACAUCGAUGGGUAGCAUCGCGCCCAGAAACGCACUUCCUGCAGAAAGACUCAGAAGGAUAGAGGAAGAGGCAGCGGAGCGAGCUCGAGAGAAAGAGCGCAAGGAUAGGGCAGAGUAUGAGUCGAGGGUCAGACAGGCCAAAUCAUCAGCCCCUCCGCGCUCCAAAGAAGCUCACAAGGGACCCAUACGCAAAGGUACCAAGCGUCCCAAGGUCGACGACAGGAGAUCAAGCCUUACAGCAUCGCCAGCGCCCAGCUCCGGAAGUAGAAGGGCAUCAGCUGCUCCGGUGGUCUCUACGGCGUACGCCAAACUGGGCAGACAAGGCGUAGAGGCGGAUUAUCGAGUUCCGCGCCAAGCUGCAUUCAUCGAGGAUCGUGGAGAAGCUUGGAACGGAGCCAUAAGCAGCGCUGCUCUGGUACAGAUUGCGGUCGCUAAUGGCAGGCGAUACGGGUCGUACUUCCGCGAUCUUGUUCCUGAGACGAAGCACGUGACCUUGCAGUACCCUAGUGGAGACACAGAGGCUUUCCCACUCGAGGUGCCCGCAGUGGUGGACGAGUACGAUCCUCUCUCCGACCUCCUCCGAUCGAUCAGAUGCAUAGUGGCACACUAUCUGCCCAAGGAAUGGGCAGCUGAACAUGUUGGAAAGCUGGACAGUCUCAAUUUCAGCUCUGCUGCUGGGGCAAUCUUGCAGCCUCAGCAUGUCUCGCCGCUGAAAGGUGGGGCAGGAGCAUUGGGUGACUCUACCCCUUUGCUUGGCACGUCUAGCCCUGCGCACUCCACAAGUGCUACCAAUAGUCCUGGAACGAAGUCGAGCGCACCGGCUCCCAUUCCUUCAGACAAUGGCUCAACAACACCCCUUACGACAGACGGUUACGCGACACCAAAAGCGCCGGGAACUCCAAGCACUUCCGCUCAAAUUGGAUCCAGUUCUCACGCGUCAGGAGAUUCCAUCUUGCGCAGCCUUACAAAAGCUCGCAAUCGAAGAGACGGUCCAUUGUUCGUCUCGACGCUAGCUAAAUUCAACGAAGCUGUGUCUAAAGCUCGCCAAGAGGGCCUAAUCGCAGAGAGGAUCGAGAAGGAGUGGAGCGAAGAGGGGCUGCCAACUCCAGUUUGGGAGACUAUCAGCGAGCAGUCGUAUGCGCGGACGGUCGGUCCAAAGGUAGAACAGCUUGCCAAGUAUGAGGCAUUCAGCGAUAAUGUCUACGGCGAGCUGCUCCCACGUUUCAUGUCUGAAGUCGCACAACUCACAAGACUAGGAUCCAGCUCGGUGUUUGUGGAUCUCGGAUCUGGUGUUUCCAAUCUGGUCCUCCAAGUGUCUCUUCAGACAGGGGCAUCCUCUUAUGGUGUGGAGAUGAUGAGCAACGCUUGCGAGUUGGGGUCUGAACAGGUCAAAGAGGCCAAGAAAAGGUGCAAGAUGUGGGCUGUAAGCAUGGGAGAUGUGCAAAGCUGGAAGGGCGACUUUACCUCGGAUGAUACGACGAGACAGUGGCUCACCAAAGCUGACGUCGUGCUAGUCAACAACUACGCUUUCACAGCCCGAACUAAUGACUCGUUGUCUCUACUAUUUCUGGACCUCAAAGACGGCGCCAAGGUCGUCUCCCUCAAACCUUUUGUGCCUCCCGAUUUCAGAUUGACAGAGAGGACGCUGGACAGUCCUUUAGCCAUUCUGAGCGUGGAGCAAAGAAGUUAUGGCAGCGGCUAUGUCAGCUGGGCAGAUGGAGGUGGCAAUUACUACAUCCACACUGUGGAUCGAUCCAUGGUCAAAGGAUUCUUGGACAAGACUUCGACUAGUACUCGUGCGGCACCAUCCAACCCGAGGAGAUGGAAGCGAGCCAAAAUGGAAGACUCGGAGGAGUCUGACGAAUGAGCGUGGAUUGAGAAACCCCCCC